UGCUCAGACUCAGUUAUGAAAAUGAAUCGCUUGACUCGCCUGGUCAAUUCAACCAACUCGUACGACUUUCGUCGAUAUCAUUUUACCACCUCUAGAACCUCAAUCCCUCCCCGUCGUGCUAUCACUACUCUUCCUUUAUCACUCCACAGACAAUUCUCGCCUUCAUUGAUAGUCAAAUUUACCUCAUUUGCCACCUUUAAUAACCCGAAUUUUCCCACCAUGGAAUCGAAUCCGCCGGAGUCGGGUGAAGAUUUUAUUCAUGUCGAGAAUCCGAGCCCUGACAACGUUGUGGCACUGAGUGAGAGCAUUGUUAGUCUUGGCGAGAGCGCAGUUAGUUAUGUCCAUGAGGUGAAAGAUUCAAGCGAAGCUGCUUCGGAGGAGACGAAGAAGGAACUGCCUGAGGAGCUAUCGAAGAGCGUAGUCUUCCUCACAUGCGAGUCAUCCGCCGAAGGCGGCACCUGCGAUGUGUAUGUUGUUGGAACUGCUCAUAUCUCCCAGGAAUCAUGCCGACAAGUGGAAGCAAUAAUUGAUUAUUUGAAACCACAGGCUGUUUUCUUGGAAUUAUGCUCAAGUCGAGUGGCUAUCCUUACUCCUCAAAAUCUAAAGGUACCCACCAUUGGAGAAAUGAUAGAAAUGUAUAAGAAGAAGCAUAACAUGUUUGGAAUACUUUACAGUUGGUUCCUUGCAAAGGUCGCCAGUAGGCUUGAGGUUUUUCCUGGUUCUGAGUUCCGUGUAGCAUUUGAAGAAGCAAUGAAGUAUGGUGGCAAGGUGAUACUUGGUGAUCGUCCAGUACAGAUUACACUACGGAGGACCUGGGCAAAGAUGCCACUUUGGCAUAAGGCAAAAUUACUGUAUUCCUUGAUUUUUCAAGCAUUCUUCUUGCCUAGCCCUGAGGAUCUUAACAAAAUGCUGAAGGACAUGGAUGACAUUGACAUGCUGACUCUUGUGAUUCAAGAGAUGAGCAAAGAAUUCCCAACUUUAAUGGAAACUCUUGUACAUGAGCGAGAUAAGUACAUGUCAUCAACAUUGUUGAGAGUUGCUAGUGAGCAUAAUUCAGUGGUUGCUGUUGUUGGAAGGGGACACCUACAAGGAAUAAAGAAGCAUUGGAAGCAACCUGUUUCAACAAACGAUCUUAUGGCAAUUCCUGCACAGAAGCCAAUGCGUUUUGUCGCAAAAAUCCUUACCACUCUUGGUGUUGCUGGUGCUGGGGGGGCCAUUAUUUGGGGCAUAUAUCUUAAAUUCAAGAAAUAGCUGCCAGAUUUUGCGUGUGAUUACAUGUUGAGGUUCAGGCACAGGAGUUUCUUUACUGAAAGCAAAAUUUUUAGAAUUAAAAUGCUAAGAACAAAUAAGAAACAUGACUGACUUCGUAAAAUUUUGGCUGGUGAUUAGUUCAUUUGGUGAAGGUAGCGAAUAACAACUACCUUACGUGAGAGUUUCUUUUUAGUCCUGUCUCUGUAAAUUGCGAACAACAUCGCCAAGCGAAGAUAAAAUUCUAACUGACUCGUAUGAAAAAAUCAAUGUUACUUUAUUUCAGAUA